GAGUUAAAAAAAGAAAAACCAAACCCAGAAGAAGUGAGUUGUGAGGGAGAAGAAAAAUAGAUCUCACACGGCGUGAGUGUUGGUGCGAGAGCUCUGCUCAUUGCUCAACUCCACCCUCAGACUCAGACUCAGACUCAGACUCGGAGGCCACCAUACCAACCAUCCCCCACUUUCUCUCUCUAAAACCAGCUACCAGCAAUGGCCUCUGCCCCCACGCUCCCCAUCUCCAACCCCCAAUCUGAAUCCCAGCCUCCCAUCGCCACCCCCGCCUUCCGCGCCUUCUUGUCCCGCCUCAACGCCACCGUCCGCCACGGCCUCUCCCAGCGCCGCCCUUGGUUGGAGCUCGUCGACCGCUCCUCCUUCUCUCGUCCCGACUCACUCUCUGAAGCCGCCUCCCGCAUCCGCAAGAACUUUUCUUUCUUCCGCGUCAACUACCUCUCCCUCCUCGCCCUCUCUCUCGCUCUCUCUCUCCUCUCGCACCCCUUCUCCCUCCUCGUCUUGUUAUCCCUCCUCGCUGCCUGGAUAUUUCUCUACUUGUUCCGUCCUUCGGAUCAGCCUGUUGUGAUUGCGGGACGCACGUUCUCGGAUCGGGAGACUUUGGGGAUUUUGGUGGUGUCUACUAUAGUUGUGGUGUUCCUCACCAGUGUCGGAUCUGUGCUCAUCUCCGCUUUGCUUGUCGGCCUGGCUGUGGUUUGCGCGCAUGGGGCCUUCCGGAUGCCUGAGGAUUUGUUUUUGGAUGAUCAGGAGCCAGCUAAUUCUGGGUUUCUAUCGUUCCUAGGUGGCGCCGCUUCCUCCGCCGCGGCGGCGGCUGCGCCUGUUGUUGCCACGCGCGUGUGAGUUGGAUCUGGCCUCGUCUUAUAGUCUUUUGUGGAUAUCAACCCCAGAAGAUACAAGUUCUAGGGCAUGACAGAUCUGAAUGUUUAACAUGCAUCUCUGUGUGUCUAGGAUGGUUGAUGGCCAUGAAGAGUUUUCACAUGGGCUGGGCCACUGGUUACUCCAAGUAUAGCAUGCAGAAGCAUGUGAUUUAGUAGGUUAGAUGAAACCAGGUUUUUGGUUCAAAAAUUUCCUUCUUGCUUUUAUUCUUAGGCAAAAGGGUAAAAGGGAAAAGAGGAUCAGAAGAAUGAGAGGGUCAUCAGGUACAGGAGACGAAUUCAUUGGCUUUAGUUGGCAAAAUUCAGAGUGUGAGUUGGUAUUGUGAUUGUGAUGUGCAUGAUCGAUGAAUUAGAGCCAGUUUUAUUGCUGCCCUCCAACAUCAAUGGGGAAGGUCUCUAGAUUGGUCUUAUAGAAUGUGAUAUUUUUCUCUGCUAUAGUGAUCGAUUUUCCUAUGGUGGGCUGCACUAGUGACGGGGUGAACCGGCCCAGGUUGGGACUCAUACUAUACAAAGGCGUUGUAGACAGGUUAGAGAAGUGUUCAGGGGCAUUUCCGGUGUAUUUUGUCUCGCAAAUUGAUUUAAUGGAUUCAAAGCUAUCAUGCUGCAAGCAAUCUAAGAUGAUGAGAUGCAGGAUCUA